AAUGAGACAUUUCAACGCUUGAUCAAAAGAGAACUCAACUAGACACGAAUCAUAAGAACAAAACUUAAAGAACCCAUGUCGCCAUACGCGAAUACUUGUACUAUCAUCUUCUUUCUUCUAUUCUUCACCGUCUCUUUCGCCGUCCCCGACCAAAAGCCAACCGCUUACGACGCCGUUAAACGCUAUAACUUACCGCCCGGAAUCCUACCAAAAGGCGUUAUUGACUACGAGCUUAACCCAAAAACCGGCGAUUUCAAAGUCUACUUCAAUGACACGUGUGAAUUCACCAUCCAAUCCUACCAGCUCAAGUACAAAUCAACUAUCUCCGGCGUUAUAUCUCCCGGUCACGUCAAGAAUCUGAAAGGCGUUAGUGUUAAAGUUCUUUUCUUCUGGGUUAAUAUUGCUGAAGUGUCUCUUGACGGCGCCGAUAUCGAUUUCUCCGUCGGCAUCGCGUCGGCGAGUUUUCCGGCGGCUGAUUUUGAAGAGAGUCCUCAGUGUGGUUGUGGGUUUGAUUGUAAUAAUGGGCUUUUAUUUUCUUCUUGAAUCUGUUGGGCCUUGUGUUGUACUGAAUAAAAAUGCCCUUAAAAA